UCCGUCACCACCGCGCCAACACCUUCUUCUCCGGCCGCCAACCUCGCGCCACUCCACCGCGCAGCCGCCUCCCUGCACGAUCGACGUAGCGGGCGCCAAGGAGGCUGCCCUGCCCCCUCGCAGUGUGGCACAAGGCUGCUAGAUCGCCAGUGCCCACGAUCCCGCCCAGCACCCGCGCGGCCGCCCCCGCCCUGCACAGCCCCUGGACGGCUGGACCAGCUGUGAUUCUUCCCUGCGCUCAAGAUUACAGGUUUUCAGAACAGAAGAUCAAACAUUAAACAUACAAAAAAGGUAAGAUCGUAAAAGUAAGACAUUCAGAUGCCGUGCAAUUGCACUUUUACUAUACCUAGGGCACAGGAAAGAUAAAUCACCCCAGUUUACAUCAGUUUAUUAGAUGAAAGCUGAAACUAUCCCAGUUGCCUAUCUAGCCCUGCCUCAUGCACUUCUGGGAAGUACAUGAACCCCACCUAAUGUAGCAAUUAUUGAAAGAGUGAUCAGCCAUCCUUUAAUGGCUUGAUUAAAAGAUUGAUCAGUCUGCAGUUUACAAAACCUCUAUUUUUGCUUCAUCCAAUCAUCUCAAAGUAAUCGAGCCCAAAGUUUUUUCAGAAACCAUGGUUCUAAUAAAUUAAUGUCAUCAAUAUUCACAUGAAGGCGACGGUAUGUCGUCUCCCAAUCGUGCGGGGCCGCGCACCCCAUUUCAGGAUAUAAGCAAUAACCAACCAUUGGACCCAAGCCCCCCAUUUCAAGAUUUAAGCAACAACCAAUCAUUAGACCCUAAAGAAUUGAAGAGGCAGAGGAACAAAGAGUAUUAUGCACGCAAUAGAGAUGACAUUCUUAGAAGACGUCGUGAAGCCCGUGAAAAGAAACAGGCUUCAACGGCACUGCUUGGUGAUGAGCAGAAUGUAGCACAUACACCCGAGCCGAUAGCCCAAGACCCUGACGAGCUUAGGAGGCAACAUCAGCCCUACAGUGAGUCAACAAUGGUCGUUGAUUCUGCUAACAACAAUGCCCAGGAAAAUGAAAGACGUACACCGGUGUCCAUGUCCAUUGAUCCUAAGGAAUUAAGGAGGCAGAGGGACAGGGAGCGGUAUGCACAAAACAAAGAUGAAAUAUUAAAACGACAACGCCUAUCUCGUGAGAAGAGAAAGGCUACAACUGCCAGGAUGACCGACCAUACCACUGUAUCACACACACCAGCUACAGGACAAUCCGGUGUCACCCAGCUCCAAAAAUUUACAUCUCCGAGUACUACUUUUCUACCAUAAG